GAGAAGGUGGGUUUAAUUGGAAGACGUAAAGGAAAGAUGAAGGUUCUUGUGGUUGGUGGGACUGGUUAUUUGGGGAAGAGGAUCGUCAAGGCCAGCCUUUUGGAGGGGCACCAGACGUAUGUGGUUCAACGGCCUGAGAUUGGGCUCGACAUUGAGAAGCUUCAGCUCCUGCUCUCCUUUAAGAGACAGGGGGCGGUUCUUGUGCCUGCCUCUUUCUCGGACUUUCAGAGCCUUGUCGACGCGGUGAAGCGAGUCGACGUCGUGAUAUCGGCCAUGUCCGGCGUCCAUUUCAGGUCACAUAACCUUCUCCUCCAACUCAAGCUUGUUGAAGCCAUUCAAGUUGCUGGCAAUGUCAAGAGAUUCUUACCAUCAGAGUACGGAAUAGACCCAGCAAGAAUGAGAGAUGCACUCGAACCGGGAAGAGAAACAUUUGAUCAAAAAAUGACAAUAAGAAAAGCAAUAGAGGAAGCCAACAUUCCUUUCACCUACGUCUCAGCCAACUGCUUUGCCGGUUACUUUGCCGGUAGCCUGUCUCAGAUGCAAAGUCUUGUUCCUCCCACUCAUCAAGUUACCCUUUAUGGAGAUGGCAACGUUAAAGUGGUAUACGUGGACGAAGAUGAUAUUGCAACGUACAUCGUGAAGGCAGCAACAGAUCCUCGAACUAUGAACAAAACAGUGUAUAUUAGGCCUCCAGACAACAUUCUCUCCCAAAGAGAACUGAUUCAGAAAUGGGAAGCACUUUCUGGAAAAGUAUUAGAAAAGAACCGUGUUUCUGCUCAAGAUUUUCUUGCAAGGAUGAAAGAUCUGGACAUAGCACAGCAGGCUGGAGUGGGACAUUUCUAUCACUUAUUCUUUGAAGGUUGUUUGACAAAUUUUGAAAUAGGAGAAGGAGAAGAAGAAGCUUCAAGGCUUUAUCCAGAAGUGAACUACACUCGCAUGGAUGACUAUCUCAAGAUUUUCUUAUGAGCACUUUAAUAAUUAUCAACUUUAUAUGCAAAAUGAAAAUACUGUUAAUUUCUUUUUUUUUCUUUUUUUUUCUUACUAAAUGUCGUGCCAAAAAUAUUUGGAUUUGGAUUUAAUCCGUUACUUCAUGACUUACUUCUCUAUGGAUGAUAUACUACCUACUAUGU